UACACAAAUUUGUGCAAUCCCGUAGGCGUUUCAAUUUCUCUUAGUGAGCGGCUCGUACCAGAUCAACUUCAUGGCCUCUUUUACCAUAAACGCAAUUUUGGGAAACUCGUCCCUGAAACAGGAGAAAAAAACAUAUGCCGAAGGACAUCAUGUGGCUGAGAACUCACCUUCAGACGCCUGUGAAACAGGUGAAGCGAACGAAAACUUUUUAGAUGAAGAGCCACAUGAAUAUCAUCGACCAGUCAUCCGUGAAGAACUUCAUCUCAACAAAACCCGUAGAAGAAGAACAGCAUUUACAAGCAACCAGUUACAAUCUCUAGAAGAUACUUUUAACAGUAAGAAAUAUUUAACAAUCACUGAAAGAAAUAACUUGGCCAAGAGCCUUCAUCUUUCCGAUACUCAAAUUAAAACGUGGUUCCAAAACAGGCGGACUAAAUGGAAAAAGCAAAUGGCGCCUGACUUUGAGGCGAGUAUGCGGUUGGAGGAAAUGAAAUGUGUCUUUAAUCACCUCCAGACUGGUAUUUCUUAUUGUGGACGAGAAAUGCCAUCACUACUCCACCCUGCAUUACAGCUACAAAACUUAAACACGAUACAAAGUUUCUAUCCGUCGUCUAACCUGCAUGUUGUUUAUGGUGACAUGACUACAGUGCCCGCGCAUCCAACUGCCGGCUUUAUGGGUUAAUUUCUUUAUUCUUAUAUUUCUUUCAAACUGUGUUAUUUUUCGGCAGAUCUCAUAAUCUGUAAUGUUGUGGCAGCUAUUAAUAGUUCUGAACUAAAAUAGCUCUUCGUGAAUUGUCCGCACUCGUUUAGAACAUUCUUGCUCUGCACCUUGUCAGUACAAAAUUCAGCGCAAAGGCGACACCUCAUAGGAAACAGUAACAACAGUUUCAGACUCAUGGUGGAAACUACUACUUUGAAAAUAGAUUUGUAAUGCUGUGCAAUUUUUUGCAUAACGAAGUUAUUUGAAAUGUAUUUCAGCUGUCGUCUACAACAGCUGUCUAUAGUAUUGAACUGGUAGAUAUUACCAUAAAAUAAUUAAAUAAUAAUUCUUAUCAGCAUCUGAUGUUCUAGCUAGUAUUUGGACCGAUGCUUCCUUAAUG